AUGACAAAACUACACUAUUCUGCACUAGAUGCGGACAAUUCCGAGAUAAGACUCUUCGAGAUCGCCCCUGGGGACGGCGACGAUGAGAUAUGCUGCUCCCUUAGCGUGGUGUCUCUCAAUAACCAUCCGCGAUUCGAGGCUUUAUCGUACGUUUGGGGAGAUCCUUCCAUCAAGAAAAAUGUCACAGUAGACGGGGCUUCUCACCUUGUUACCGUGAACCUCGAGUCAGCGCUCCGCGAUUUACGAUACCCGUCAAACAGAAGAACGAUCUGGGCGGACGCGAUUUGCAUCAAUCAGGAUGAUCUUGAUGAAAAAAACCACCAGAUUCCUCUAAUGGGUGACAUCUACCGCAAGGCAUCCCAAGUUGUUGCUUACUUGGGGCAUUCAAACCCGUACUUGGAGUACUUUGGAGACUGGUCACGCAUGUAUUCUGGCAGACAGCCAUUGCUCAGCUCCGGAUCUUGCAUCCCGCAGAAAGGUGCGAGAGAAGAGGCCAUAUUGACCCUAAAGUCAUUCUUGGGGUGCCUCGAGUUCAUCUCCCAUCCAUAUUUCAGCAGGAUGUGGACUUUUCAGGAGUUUCUCCUGCCAAGCCAAAUGCCAAUAUUUGUUAUGGGAAAGAUGUCAUUUCAGAUUGCCCACACCCCCGAGCUUACUUGGAUGGAUCUGUUCAUGAGACUUGCCAACGCCGCAAAGGACGCGAGUUGGCGGCUAUCGGGAUCAGUUGAGCCUGAAGCCCAAGAACUACGGCGCCUUUAUUUAAGAGGAGUAGCGCAGUCUGUAACGGGCUAUGAUCUGUCCUUGCAAUUGACUGCUAUGGGAGAAAUCUUGGCGGGACCACGUGAAUUAUCCGUGGCAAAAUUAUUUCAGAUGACUAUUCAUCGGAAUUGCUACAAUCCUCGGGAUAAAAUCUUUGCACUUCACUCGUUUUUCCAAAAACUGGUCCCGGGAAUUUGUGCACCAGACUACAGGAAGUCUGUGGAUGACGUUCUUUUGGAAACCCUUUCCAAACUUCAUCAACAUAUGCCUCCACUUAUACGGCACUUGAUGGCCACAUGGGGAUUCCGAGCUUCCAGGGUAGAACAUGCUUCAGGCCCUUCAUGGCUUCCAGACAUCACUGCGACAGAUUGUCCGCUUAUCUACGACGCCCGACCUACAGUGGCCAUUUUGCGGAUUUCUGAAGACUUUCUGACCUUACCCUUAGGAGCUCGUUAUAUUGGGAAAUGCCAUCGCUCUUUGAUAAGCUUAGGUAGUAACCCUAUGGUGAUUCUACGACGCAUUGCUCGACUCAUGUAUUCCGAUGGGGAAGAUCUAUACUCCUUCGCAGGCUCGGAAAUUAGAAUGAGAGGGAAGGAACAUCGUUCUGAACGGAUUUUUUACGCAUUACAGGCAUGGACCCCCACGCGGCAAGACACAAGUCCAAGGGUUGUCCAAGUGCUACUUUCCAUUUUUACCACUAUCGCACAACACGAGGACGUUAGGAAGUUGAAAGAUAUUCCGCUCACCGCAGAACAGAAACGGCGUUUCCCUAUGCUCCUAUUAUGGGCGAAAGAUUAUUUGAUCGACAAAGCCUUUUUUUGGACUGAUACAGGGCUUUUUGGAAUCAGUUCGGAGAGAUUACGGGAGGGCGACACAAUAGCACUUGCACCUGAACUUCCUCGUCCCUUUGCAGUUCGUACACGCCUUGGUGCCUCAGACCAAUCGAACCACUAUUGUAUGGUUGAUUGGGCAUUUGUUGAUGGGCUCCAAGGUCCGACCAUGGAUCCCAAACUUAUAAGCGACAUCCAAAAAACACCUUUGAGCGACAUCCUCAUUCACUAA